AUUAACGAACCUUCGCCAGAAGACAACUCACUCCCACCAAUCUACGCCGUCUACUCUCUCUCUCUCUCAUAUAUACAUACAUACAUACAUACAUAUACGUACCCAAAACCAAAGUAACCAAGCUUCGCUACUCUCUCUCUGCUAUUCGAUCUCGUUCUCUCCCUCUUCAAUUACAUCAAUUCUAGGGUUUUCUUUUUCUUACAUAUAAAGAUUCAGACUUUUUGGAUCUCAACACUAGUUAAAUCUGUUGUUGGCCGCAGAAAAUGAGAGAUUUUCGAUUUUAAUCGGUUUUUUUCGGUGCAUUUUCGAUCUGCCGACAGAACAAUUAUCCAAUUUUUGGUGGGUUUCGAGUUUUUUUUAUGGUAUUUCUUAGUGUAUAAUUGUUGGGUUUGUUAAUUUUUAUUGAGGAAAUGCUGUUUCAAAGGAUGAUUUAUGUCCCAAUGAGCGUUGACUUUGUUGGGUUAUUGAUGGUUUUCAUGUAAUUUUUGAAAAUUUGGGAUUAGGGUUUCUUAAUUCUUGUAUUUUUUAAAUAAUUUUACAAUUUGAUUUGAAAUGGGAUUGUUCAUAAAACAUUUUCUUUUCCAUCAAUUGCUCACUGUUCAGUUUCUUUGAUCUGGAGUGGAGUUGAUUAUUAGAUUAAUCUUUGUGUUUGUGUGUAUAUGUGUUUUUGUAAGCAUAUAUUUGUUGUUCAAGUUUGAGUAUUCUGAAACUAUAGUCAUCAAUGGAUAAAAAUGUAAAAAAGGGCUCUAUAAAUAAGCCACUGGUUAGUGUAGAAUCAGAAAAGGUUGAAUUGAAUGGAGAGACGGAAAAGGAUAACGAGACAGAGUCCUUGUUGCCAUCUCGGAGAGGUGGGUUGUCGAAAAAGUCGGGGAAGCCGCGCUUGAAAGUGCAGUGGAAUGAUAAAAAUGGGAACAAGCUUGCAGAGGUACUGGAAUUCCAACCAAGUGAUGAUAGUGACUCUGAUGAUGAAGAUUCAGAUUCGUGUGCCUGUGCCAUAAUGUAGAUCUUAUUCAAUGUACCAACUCUUAUCAGCAAACUCCUGCUGGACAAAUUAAAGGAUUCGUCUUCACCGACCUCAAUUUUCCAGAGACUAUACUAAAUCAGUGAGUCUGGUUACUCAGAAAGCCCAAUUUUUUGCCCAGAAUUUGUGUGGUCCAUGUGGAGAAUGAAUCUGAACCACAUUCAUAUUUUUGGGUAAAAUUCUGGGUAUCUGGUAUUACUAUAUGGCACUAUUUUUAACUUCCUGCCGUGAAGAUGGACCAAAGGUCCUGUUGAGUGGCGCAGCAAUCUCUGAAGGUGGAGGUGAUAAUUUGUUGAGCCAAACUGCAUCAAUUAUCUCCCCGGGGUAAAUAAAGAGGAUGACAAUCUUACUCCCAUGAUAUGCAUGUAUUCAGAACUAUUGUUUUUAUUUCAUUUGUUAGUCAUGAUGUUAAAUGUGUGGUUGAUAGUUGAUCAACAGAGUACUAUGUAUGAGUUAUGACCAUCAUGUUCGUGUAUAAUGAAGCCGCAGUUCUUCUGUUCUGCAACUUGUUUGUUCUGUCCA